AAGCGAAGAAGAGCCGUUUCUCUGACGUCAUGUGUGUGUUGCGAACUGGACAGAGGAGGUUGGUGCAAGAUGGCGGGGUCCAAGGUGAAGCAGGACAUGCCUCCUUCAGGAGGUUAUGCUGCGUUUGACUACAAGAGAAAUCUACCAAAAAGAGGACUCUCGGGUUAUAGCAUGUUUGGCAUUGGCAUCGGCGUUAUGAUAUUUGGUUACUGGAGACUGUUCAAGUGGAACCGGGAGAGGAGGCGCUUGCAGAUUGAGGAUUUGGAAGCCAGGAUAGCUCUGUUGCCGCUACUUCAGGCAGAGCAAGACCGCAGGACCUUACGCAUGAUGAGGGAAAAUUUAGAAGAGGAGGCUGUUCUCAUGAAAGACGUUCCAGGCUGGAAGGUCGGCGAGAGCGUAUUUCACACAGAUCGCUGGGUCACCCCGCAGUCCGAGGAGCUCUUCAACCUCAGGCCACAGGAGGAGUUUAUACAGAAGCGCUUUGGCUUCUUGCGGCAUAUGUAAAGCACCCUUUCCCCAACACCUGCCCUAACUAGAGCCUUCACUGAAAGCCUGCCUUGUAAAUGUUCCAAUAUUAAAGACUUUUUUUUUUCUGUAGCUCA